GGAGGAGGAGGAGGAGGAAGAAGAAGAGGGGGAGGAAGGAGGACGAAGAAGGGAGGAGGAGGAACCGAAUCGAAAAAAAUCCCCUCGUCCCAGUCCAGUCUCCUCGUCAGUCGGGGAAGCAAGCAAGCAAGCAACAAGCGGCGCCAGAAACGUCAUGCACAGCCCCGACGACCCGGAAGAGGCACGACCACGGCGCCAUCUGCGAGAAGAAAGCACGACCGUCACUCCAGACACCCGAGGUUCUAAAAUGAUACUUUUGGAAGACGACCGAAGAAAAACAGGGAUUUUUUCACAUAUGUAUAAAAAA